AUGCAAAGUGUGAGAGGGUGGGGAGGAGGGAUGGUGAUGCGAUGGGUUUUGGGUGGGCGGAGGAGGCUGCUGCGCAGCGGAUCUGGGUGCCAGGGUGGGUCUGGUUCUGUUCUUUUGUUCUUUAAGCCCAUUAUCAAGCAUACGAGCAUAUCUAAAGGAGCCUAUUACUCCCAGUGGCGUAUCCCGUAUCGGAUACUCGUUUGGAUACGAUACGCUUCGGAUACAGUCCGAUACGCAUUGGAUACGUAUCGCAGUCAACGGAUACGUCAGUUGACUAACGGAUACGAGUAUCCGACAUUCCAGACACGAGUAUCUGACUUUUCGGAUACGAACCUCCGGGCGAAGUUUGCCGUUGAGGAGCCCCUGGGUGCUGCGUGUGAAGAGGAAGGGAGGGGGAAGAAGAAGAAGAAGAUGUCAGACUGGAGGGAGGUAGAGAGGGAGGGAGAGAGAGAGAAGAAGAAGAUGUCAGACUGCAGGGGGAGAGAGACAGAGAGACAGAGAGGGAGAGAAGAAGAAGAUGUCAGACUGAUCUCAAGUGACGACGUCGUUUGCUAA